UCACUUAGAUUAUAUAAAGCGCAGCCCACGGCAUCCAUUACAUUCGAUUUUAUUCACCAUUCAGAAGCAAAAGCAACGAUAAACUUACUCGCUCUCCAUUGUUUUGUCGUUUUAUACCUACGUGAAAUAAUAAAUCGGAACAAUAGUUUUUUGAAAUAAUUGUUCUAACUAGUGCUUCGCGAUGGGAAAAGGAAAGAAACCAGGCAACCGUAAGUUUAGGCCUCUUGAAGAAGGGGAUCUAACACCGGCAGCUCAACAAGAGACAUCACCGUCUUCUUCUACUACUACAAGACAGCAAAAACCCGAUCAGGGUAAAAAAAGAACAGAGAUUUUUGAGCAUGGAAAUCUUACGCGUCGAUCUGCUCAAGGGGAAGGACAAAGUUGGUUUUCAACUCGGCAAGAGAUACCGUCUCAGCAAGAAACAGCGUCUCGGCAAGAAACAGCGUCUUCAUCAGUUACAUCUCAAUUUAAAAAAAUUGAUUUGGAUGAAGGAAAAACUAAUGCUGGUGAGGAGAAACAAUCUAAUAAAGAUCAUAAACAAUACUCAUCGACAAUCCCUCAAAAAAUGUCUGAAACUCAACAGCCAUGGCAAGGACAAAAACCUUCAGACCAAGAAGCAUGGCGAAGUCAGGGAGGCAAAAAGAAGGAUGUUCAAAAGAAAAAGACACCUUCGGGAAUUUCAAAGGAAUUACAACCUCAAUCGCAAACUAAGAAACAAACAGGCAUAUCAGUGAAAAACCAGCCUCCGAGCGAAAACAAAUAUGUCGAACCUGGUGAAGCAAAGUAUCAACUUUUAAUUCCAAAACCAGGUCGAUUAGGCAAAAGAAUCAGAGUAGAAACAAACUAUUUUAAAAUAGAUUUGGGUAAUUUACAAACUGUUUACCACUAUGAUGUAAAAAUUACUCCAGAACACAAAAGAAUAUUCAGAAAUGUGAUGGAAAAAUUCGGUCUUGAAAAUUUUCCUAGUAUACCAUUUGCCUACGACAAUAAAUACAAUUUGUACACUGUUAAAAAACUCAAAGAUAUUGUAGGUGAAACUGCAUUUGAGGAAAGACAGUACAACGUCCAAGUUAAAUUUGCUAGAGUAGUAGAUUUAGCACCCCUCCAUGAUUUGGCUAAAUCUCAAAUAACCCCCAGAGAGGCUCUACAAGUCGUUGAUAUAGUCUUGAGAAGUUCUCCGUCAGUGUCGCUUCUAAGAGCUGGAAGAUCGUUUUUCUUUACACCUGGUGCAGAUCCUGUAAAUCUUGAAGAUGGUAUGGAACUGCGCAACGGAUUCUAUCAGUCUGCUGUCAGGGGUCAGUGUAUUUAUUUAAACGUAGAUGUUGCUCACAAAGCUGUACCUAAAAAUAUGAAAUUGACAGAAGCGAUAAGUGAUUUCUUUGACAACAGAUUUAAAAAGUUUGAUUUGACAAAAGGACUGGAUGAUACCAAGUUUCAGAAGUUCAACGCAUUCGUCGAAAGAAUAAGAAUAUCCUACCAACUGCCAAACAAGCCAUCUUCUAAGAGAAGUUACACAAUAAAUGGAUUGAAAAGACCCGCUAAAUACCAAAGAUUCAGAUUGGACAAUGGGAAAGAAUUAACAGUUGAGAAUUACUUUAAGAAUGAGAAAGGCUACGUUAUAAGAUAUCCUAAUUUGCCCACAGUUUGGGUGGGAAAUAGAGAUAGAUGCAUAUAUCUCCCUCUAGAACUGUGUAUCAUUGAAAAAGAUCAGAUGAUAAAAAAAGAACUAACACCUGCAAAUACGAGAAAUAUGAUCAUGAAAACUGCUACUGGUACAAGGGAAAGAAAAGAGAAAAUAAAAGCUUCCAUCGCUAAAGCCCAAUUCAAUGAUCAUCCUGUCGUUCAAAACUUUGGUUUCAAUGUAAACGAUGAAUUUAUGCAAUUAGAUGGCAGGAUAUUACAACCUCCAAUGCUGCUGUACAAGAAUAAUAACACAGCAACACCAGAAAGAGGCCAAUGGUUUAAAAGCAAAAACCACCAAUUUCAAUAUUCAGUUGAUAUCAAGAACUGGACAAUUAUUGCUUGUACAGAUGAACGUGGUAACUCAUUUGAUGUUUCAGAGCUUCGUCGACUGGCAAACAUGAUCCAAAAAACCAGAGAAUUAAACCUGCCAGCACCUGGCCAUAUUGAAAUAGUGGGAAACAUUAAAACUUUUUUUUUGGAAACUAUAAAAGGUCAGAAUUACGAUAUUAUAUUCGUAGUCGUGCCCGAUCAAUCAACGGAAUGCUACCCGUUAGUUAAAAAAGCAGCCGAACUUUACACAAACUGUCUCACACAAUGCAUCAAAUUCAAAACGGCUAACGCGAUCCUUAGAGAUUCCAGAACGGGGCCGCAAACCAUCGCGAAUAUUAUGUUGAAAGUGAAUAUGAAAUUGAACGGAAUUAAUCAUACUCUAAAACAACUUCCGAAGGUUCUAGAGAAUUGCAUGGUUAUGGGUGCGGACGUUACACACCCCGCACCGGGAUCCAAAAUUAAACCAAGCGUUGCUGCCGUCACGGCCUCGUACGAUUCUCAAGCUUCUCAGUACACUUUCCGAUGGAGACUGCAGGGUCCAAGGGUAGAAAUGAUUCAAGAUAUGGAAGCGAUCGUUCGAGAAUUACUCUUGGAGUGUCGACAAAAUACAAAAACCCUUCCGAAAACGAUUAUUUAUUUCCGCGACGGUGUUUCUGAUGGCGAGUAUGACAAAGUAGUGGAGAACGAAGUUCAAGACAUAAAAGCUGCUUGCUUUCGUUUGGAUCAGAAUUACAGACCGAAAAUCACAUGCAUUGUAGUACAGAAGCGUCACCAUACAAGGCUGUUUCCUGUAAACGAGGGUGACAGUGAAGAUAAAAAUUUUAAUGUACCUGCAGGAACUUGUGUUGAUACAGAAAUAACCCAUCCAUACAUGCAAGAAUACUAUUUAGUAUCACACGCUAGUAUUAAAGGCGUAGCAAGACCUACAAAGUACACUACUCUUGUAGACGACAACAAGCUAUCAAAUGACGACCUCGAACAACUGACUUACUACCUAUGUCAUUUGUAUUCGAGAUGUAAUCGAUCCGUCAGUUAUCCUGCUCCUACAUACAACGCUCAUUUAGCUGCAGCCAGAGCCAAGGUGUAUAUUCAUAAUGAAGAGUUGAAUUUUGACAAUCUGGACCAUAGCUACGCUGGGUUAAUGAAAACAUUUACAAUAAGACAAACUAAUCCAAUGUACUUUAUCUAAUAAUUAUUAAUCUAACCUAUUUUGCUUCUUUUUAAAACAAUAACUGUACCUACAGUUGGGACAGUGCAUAUUACUAAGCGUGGAAAGCAGGAAACGUUAUUACAUACAAGUAUGUUGUUGUGAUGACUGGUUGCACACUAUAUACACUGAAUAGGGUAUUUUGUAUGAUGUAUGAUUAAACUUGCACUGUUCCAAACUGUGUUUAAUAUUAACAUAUAAAUUAUAUAUCCAUGUAGAUUAUUGGUGAGGGAUAAAUAUCGUAGAAUUCAUAAAUACAAAUAAAUUAGAUGUUAUAAGCAUA